GGUUUAACUGUAUCCCAGCACUACAACAUCAGAGGACAACGCAAUCCCGACCUCGUGAAAGGAUGAUCGUGUUCACGCCCCUGACGGGAUCAGCGGCGACCCCAGGUUCGUCAAUCUCGACGGGACCCGUGAGCUACCUGCUCGAGCUGGACGACGUCAAGAUCCUGUUGGACCUCGGUGGGAACGAUCCCAGACGGACGAGCGAGGAGGGGUAUGAUUCGACGUAUGAACGCAAGGUCAAAGAACUCUCUCCGCAUAUCGACCUCGUCCUCCUCUCCCACUCUCCCACAUCAUAUACCUCCCUCUACCCAUACGCAAGAACACACUGGGGCUUGAAAUGCCCCGUCUACGGUACCCAACCGACAGUCGAGGUCGGUAGGCUCGGGUGUCUAGAAGAGGCCGUUGGGUGGAGGAACGAGGUGGACGUUGAUGGGUUGCAUAGUCUCAAGAAGAAGGAUAAGGAUGUUAACGAGGAUGAGCAGAAUGAGGAUAGAGACAAGGAGCAGGGGGACGGGGCGGGGAGGGAGCAGGAGGAAGAAGUGCUAAAGGGGCCGUUUGUUUGUACGGCCGAGGAGAUCAACGAGGCUUUUGAUCAUAUCAAGGCGGUCCGGUAUAGUCAACCCAUCCAUCUCAGCGGCCUCCUAUCCCAUCUCCUUUUGACCCCCUACCCAUCCGGUCAGACACUCGGAGGAUCGCUCUUCAAGCUCCGUUCCCCAACAUCCGGUACGCUUCUUUACGCCCUCGGGAUCAAUCAUACCUCCGAACGUCACCUCUCCGGUACCGUCCUCCUCUCCAGUGCAGGCAUUUCUGAGGGCGGGCUAGGUCGACCGGACUUGUUGCUGGUCGAAGCUGGGCGUAGCGAGAGGAAGGGGGUGAAGAUGAAGGAAAAAGUCGCCGGGCUCUUGGGGUUGAUCACGAAGACCCUGACGCAAGAAGGUGGAAACUUGUUGUUCCCCGUGGACGCUUCGCCGAGGCUGUUAGAGCUGUUGGUAUUGUUGGACCAACAUUGGGCUUUCCAGCAAGCACAGGCUCAAGCGCAAUUCCGUCGAGGACCCGGGCCUGGACCGACGAAUGCGCCAGGCGGCGGGCUUUGGAACUUUCCGCUGUGUCUCGUCAGCCGGACGGGGGAGGAAGGUGUCAGGGUAGCUAGGAGCUUGAUGGAGUGGAUGGGCGGGACCGUCGCCUCUGACGAAGGACUUGGAAGCGCACAGGAUAACGCCCGACAAGGCGGAAACUCUGGACCAGGUGGAAGGAGGAAACGUCCCUUUCCCUCUUCCGGAGUCCCAGGUUCGAGAGAAGAAGACGCCGCCGCCUCGGUCGGAGCGCUCAGGUUUAGGUACCUCCGUUUCUACCCUUCUGUCAGAGCGUACGAGACGGACCCUGCUCUAGCCGCCCAGCCGGGUCCGAGGUGCGUCCUUGCGGUGCCCAUGAGCAUGAACUAUGGUUUCUCCCGGAGGUUGUUCACGAGCAUGGCGAAGGAGAGGACCUGCAAGGUCGUCCUCACCGGGAGGUCCGAGACGGGGACGUUAGGACAGGAACUGUUUGAACGUUGGAAUGAAGUGCAACAGGGAGAUGCCAAGUACGGCGAGGGUCGCGUCGGAGUGCCGGUCAGGUUGACCGGAGAAAAUGGGCACAAGGACAAGAGUGAAGGAGGAUCAAUGAGGAUCAAGGUAGUGUUGAACGACAAGGUCGCCUUGGAAGGGGACGAGUUGGAAGCGCAUCUCGAAGCGGAGAGAUUACAGAAGGAGAAAGAAGCCGCUGCGCUUGUAGCCAAGGAGCGGAGUAGGAGGAUGUUGGAAGCGGAUGAUCUUGAAAGUGAUUCGGAUGAUGACGACGACGAUGACGAUGAUGUCGAGAAUGGACUCGGUGCGGGCGAUCAAGCGCGGGACGACGAGCCCAUGAUGGCAGGACCGAUCGGCGCAACAGGGACCGGAGCCGGGAACCCGUUCAUGGACACUGAUGACGUCCGGAAUACAUCGUUUGACAUCUACGUCAAGGGACAACAAGUCCGAUCCACCGGUUUCUUCAAGAACGCCCCGGGGUCUUCCUCGGCCAACGCCUCGGGGCUCGCGAGGUUUAGGAUGUUUCCGUUUGUUGAGCGAAAGGGUAGACGGGUGGAUGCCUAUGGUGAGGGGAUCGAUGUGGGCGCCUGGGUGAGAAAGGGUCGAGAGAUUGAAGAGGAUCAGGAGAGUGACGAGGUCAAGGAGGCCAAGAGGAAACAAAAGGAGGAAGAGGAGAAGGCUAAAGAACCGCCGGAACCACCCUCGAAAUACGUCCAAGAGGAUCUCGAGGUAUCGGUUAAUUGCGAAAUCUUUUACGUCGACAUGGAGGGCCAACACGACGGACGAGCGAUCAAGACGAUUAUCCCGCAGCUGAACCCACGGCAGGUGAUCUUGGUACGGUCACCUAAAGCCGCGACGGAUGACCUGUUGGUCAACCUGCACGCGAUUAUGAACCUGACCAAGGAGAUCUCGGCACCGGCAGAUUACGAGCAGGUCAUGAUCGGCGAGCAAACUCAGAGUUAUUCGAUCUCACUCAGCGAGGGUUUGAUGACGGACGCACAGGGCAGGUGGUCCAAGUUCGAGGACUACGAGGUGGCCAAGGUCAGCGGCAAGGUGCACGUCGGGGCGAACAUGAGCAUUCCCGUUCUCGAGCUUCCUAUCAAGGACGAAGAGACUGCUAUUGCUGAGGCUUCGGUGAGCGCGAAAGCCUCCGGCGUAAAAGAGGAGGUCACUGCGACAGAGAUGGACAUGGACAGCAAGGGAGAAAAUCCGGUCACGGCGACGCACAGGUCGGCAGAGGCAUCUAUUCUGAUACGGCAUGCUCCGGCUCCCCUUCCUCAAACGCUAUUUAUCGGCGACCUGCGGUUAAAUUCGCUCAAGACCCGUUUAUCGGGCAUGUCUAUUCCGGCCGAAUUCGCAGGAGAAGGAAUGCUCAUCUGUGGUCCUGGGGUCCCGACGCUAUUGAGAGGCGAAAAAUUGGGACCGGGUAUGGGCUCCUCCGUGGUCGCCGUGAGAAAGACGGGCGAGGGCAGAAUCGAGAUGGAAGGGAGCGUCGGGGACGUCUAUUACCACGUCCGGGACGCGUUGUAUGGCAACUUUGCGCAGGUGGUCAUGUGAGGUUGGGCGGUGCGACGAGAAGAACAAGUCGAUCGGUAGAUGGUGAACGACCUUCAUGUAACGACAGGAUAUAUUCAAACGGUUGUAAUGACGCUAGAAAUUCACGACGGACAUUGAUGUACUGACGCACUGUGAAUGUGAAAGACCACCUCGGUGGCCG